GAGAACCCCCUCCACGGCUCUGUGCAGCCCUGAUAACCACCCGGUACCGGUCCGGUACCGCUAACCGCUUAAAAAAAUGGAUUUUAAACGGACUGGGCGGAACUGGAAUCAUCCCGGAACGCUAUAAAAGGGCGCGUGGGCUCUACGGUUGUUGUGUUUUUCUCCAUUCGUCUUCUCCCGGUGCGCACGCAGUCCUCCUCAGCCGCGCGUGCCACCUCCGGACUAUAAAAGCUGCCCGCUCCGCUCCACAGCACCUGCUUGUGCUCGCGCCUGUUUUGGAUGUGUGUUUUCAGCCAGCGCGUGGACCGACCGGCAGAACCAUAAGGAAAAGCAGGAGCAGGCCAGCGCGAGCCAGGAGAAGGCAGGCAGCUCGCGGGCGCCCAGCUCAGCUAGCAGCAGCGACCGAACGGUGACUCCUCCGAACCAGAGAUGGUCACGUCCGCACCACGGAUCCCCCUCCUGCUGCUGCUGCUAAUGUGGCUCCAGCACUGCGGUACCGUCCACGGUACGAAGACGGAAUGUGAAGCCAACCAGUUCCAGUGUGGAAACGGCCGCUGCAUCCCGUCUGUUUGGCAAUGUGACAGCGAUGAGGAUUGCACCGACGGCAGCGACGAGAGAUCCUGUGUUCAGAAGACGUGUGCCGAUGCAGACUUCGUGUGCCGCAGCGGUCAGUGCAUCCCGAAGCGCUGGCACUGCGACGGAGAGCCGGACUGCGAGGACGGAUCCGAUGAGAGCGUAGAAAUCUGCCACAUGAGGACGUGUCGCGUUAACGAGUUCAGCUGCGGCCCAGGAACCACGCUUUGCAUCCCCAUCUUCUGGAAAUGUGACGGAGAGAAGGACUGCGACAAAGGAGAGGAUGAAGUCAGCUGUGGUGGGUGGAAGCUGCUUUCCUCAACGCCUCAGUAAUUAUUUGACCUUUGAAUCAGUCGUUUCCCUUUAAGCUGAACGUCUGGCAGCUGCAAUCAGCAGCAACGUGUCGACUUUUAGGUGAUUUAUGAUCCAGACGCUGCAGGAAAACCUGAAGAUGAGGCAUUCAGAGCAGUUCAGUGUUUUCUCCUGGGAUUGAACAAAAUGUCUGAAGUGCUUUAGAUUCACAUUCAAUCAAUACUUCAUAUUGAUUGAGACACUUGUUCCUUGUAACUUCAGCUGUAUUUAUUUUUUAAUGUUGGCUCCAGUGGCCUUUAGCAGGUGUAAGACGGAGAAUCAGGCUGUGAGCGAAGGGAAGACAUGAGGCAUUGAUUGGGACGGCAUGACGCUUCACAUGUCGCCAAGUCUUUAGGAGGAAAUACUUCGCUAGAUUGUUUUUAGUCAUUAGAGCAGGGGGUGUCGAAUGUCUUUGGUUUGGGACAAAUCAAGGUCCUAAAUGCUUUAAAGGGCUGGUUGUGCCAGAAUGUGUUAAAACCUGUUAAAAUACCAAUAGAUUCUUAAAAUUAAAUAUUACUGAA